AUGCCAUUCAACUUACCUGGUGUACUGGUUCCCUUUCAUAUUCUCAUCAACCCUCGCAUUAUUCUGCCAUCUAUUGCAGUCGCAGAUAUCCGCCAACUUGACUUUACCGCACUCAAGCGAGCAGGUUACCGUGGCGCAGUGUUUGACAAGGACAACUGUCUAACUAUCCCUCAUGAUGAUGCACUGGUGCCAGAAUUGCGGGAAGCCUGGCAAGAGUGCCAACAGACAUUUGGCCCAGGGAAUGUGCUUAUAGUAAGCAAUUCGGCUGGCACACGGGAUGACCCUGGCCUGCUCCAGGCGGAGUCUGUCACCCAUCAUCUUCGAGCACCAGUGCUCCGCCAUAAAUCGUUGAAGCCCUCAUACAGCUGCGUGCGGGGUGUCCGGUCAUACUUCGCCUCGCUCCCAUCACCCGUACAGCCACACGACCUUGUGGUGAUAGGUGAUCGUAUCUUCACUGACGUUGUCCUCGCAAGGCGACUGGCACCCCGUCCCUGGCCUUGGACUCAAGGGCAACUCCUUGGAAAGGGGGAGACGACGGAAGAGAAAACAGAACUGGUUGAUGAUCGCAGAGAAAGCGGGCCAUUGGCAAUCUGGACAACGGGUGUGUGGAAACAUGAAGCCACACUCAUGCGGUGGGCAGAAAAGAAGCUGGUGGCCGCAGCUGAGUCUUGGAUUCAGGGUGCAGAGGGGGAACGAAGAGUUAUUGAAAGCAGGUUUGUGAAGCCCGUCACUGAGGCGAAAGUCGAGCCGGGGACUCGAAGUAAGAUGUGGUAUGGGCGAAUAAGCACUGCCGCAGGCUGGGUCGGGAAGCAGUUGAGAACUGUGGUCCGUCGAGAAUAA